GCUGUUAACAUGGCUUGCAGAAUGUGGGUUGUAUCGCUUAAAUUUAUCACUUUACCUGAAACUCUAUUUAUUCUAUAUUGUUGACACCAGCUGAUUAUGGUCUUUGUUAACUGGAUUAUAUACAGUGUAACAAAACUUUCCUCUACUGAGUAUAGAAAGGAACUUCCCAUUGAAAACGUGCAGAGUGAAUUGAAAGCUGGUCAGUAUGGUUCAAAGAUCCUACGAACUGAAGCUGGGGCACUCAUUGCAGGAAACAGACUGCAGAGAGAAAGAGAUGCAGAAUCUGUGUGCUACAAAGGAGGGAACAGAGCAGUGCUGUGCUGAGCACAGACGGAGACUGGAGUUGUUCUGCCUGGAGGAUGAGGCCUUUAUCUGUGUCCUGUGUGUUCCCAGACAUUCAUGUCACAGUUUUGUGUUCCUGCAUGGUGCAGUUAGUGUCUAUAAGGACAAGCUAAAAACAUUGUUAUCAUCCCUGGAACUAAACGUCCGAGAUCUUAAAGAUUUACAAACCAAGAAUGAGACUGAAUUCCUGGAGAUACAAGAACAUGCUGUUAAUUUGGAAAAAUACAUUGCAGAAGAGUUUGUAAAGCUGCACCAGUUUCUCCAUGACAAGGAGCAAAAACUCAUUCAACAACUUAACAGCAAAGCAUCAGAAAUUCUGAAAGAGACAGAAGAAAUUUUUCAAUGCAUUAAGACUGGCAUUACAGAAAUCCACUCAACAGUAUCUGAUAUUAACUUGGAAAUCAAAACAGAAGUAGAGGCACUGGAAGAGAGAAAUGAUGACACAGACUAUCUGACAACCACUGAGGAAUCCGUGUCAGGUGACACAUCAGAACAUGGAAAACACAAAGCUAUUGGAGUUCUAUCAGCUCCAGAAUCCUUUGAGGAUGUUGCUGUUACUUUCUCAGCAGAGGAGAUGAAGAUGUUAACAAAACAAGACAAGGAGCUUCAUAAGGAAGUGAUGUUAGAGAACUAUGAAACCUUAGUUUCAGUAGGUUACAAAAUCCCCCCAGAGGCAUUGUUAGUGCUACUUAAAGAAGAUAACGCUGAACUGCAAGUGAAUGACAAGGAGGGGGUGAACAGAACAGAACAAAAGAAUAAUUUUAAAGAAAAGCCAGACCGUAAUGGGAGCAGAGAAUGGAGCAUUUGCUGGAAUCAGCAGCCAUCACUUGGAUUAUUGCGAUUACAUUAUCCUACAGAGAACCUGCAGAAUUCCAUUCAAACUCUGAAAGGCUCUGAUAAGCCUCCUGUUAUACCUGUAGUACAGCUUCAUCCAGGAUACACCUGCAACAUGAACUCUGAAUGUGACCGAAGUUCUAUAGUACAGCAAAGUCCAUUAGUACAUCGGAGAGGUCACAAAGAAAAGAAGCCAUAUAAAUGUCCUGAAUGCAAUAAGUGUUUCAAACAAAGGACUCCUCUAGUACAACAUAAAAGGACUCACAGUGGUGAGAGACCAUAUAAAUGUCCUGAAUGCAGUAAGUGUUUCAGACAAAGUAGUGCUCUGGUACAGCAUGAAAGGACACACACUGGGGUGAGACCGUAUAAAUGUCCUGAAUGCAAUAAGGGUUUCACAACAACUAGUCACCUUAGAAUUCAUCUGUUAGUUCACAAUAGGGAGAGACUCUAUAAAUGUUCUGAAUGCAAUAAGUGUUUUGUACAAAGGAGUGCUUUAGUACAACAUCAAAAGACUCAUGAGAGUCGUGAGAGUGAGAAACCAUAUAAAUGUGCUGAAUGCAGUAAGGGAUUCACAACAGCUGGUAACCUUAAAACUCAUCUGUCAGUGCACAGUGGGCAGAAACCAUAUAAAUGUCCUGAAUGCAGUAAGUGUUUCAGAUUAAAGAGUGAUCUAGUAAUACAUGAAAGGAUUCACAUGGACAACUGGGAGAAACCAUAUAAAUGUGCUGAAUGCAGUAAGGGAUUCACAACAUCUGGCAACCUUAGAACUCAUCUGUCAGUUCACAGUAGGGAGAGACCGUAUAAAUGUUCUGAAUGCAAUAAGUGCUUUGUACAAAGGAGUGGCCUAGUACAACAUCAAAAGACUCAUGAGAGUCGUGAGGGUGAGAAACCAUAUAAAUGUGCUGAAUGCAGUAAAGGAUUCACAACAGCUGGUAAACUUAAAACUCAUCUGUCAGUUCACAGUGGGGAGAAACCAUAUAAAUGUCCUGAAUGCAGUAAGUGUUUCAGAUUAAGGAGUGAUCUAGUAAGACAUGAAAGGAUUCACAUGGACAAUGGGGAGAAACCAUAUAAAUGUGCUGAAUGCAGUAAGGGAUUCACAACAGCUAGCAACCUUAGAACUCAUCUGUCAGUUCACAGUAGGGAGAGACCGUAUAAAUGUUCUGAAUGCAAUAAGUGCUUUGUACAAAGGAGUGGUCUAGUACAACAUCAAAAGACUCAUGAGAGUCGUGAGGGUGAGGGUGAGAAACCAUAUAAAUGUGCUGAAUGCAGUAAGGGAUUCACAACAGCUGGUAACCUUAAAACUCAUCUGUCAGUUCACAGUGGGGAGAAACCAUAUAAAUGUCCUGAAUGCAGUAAGUGUUUCAGAUUAAGGAGUGAUCUAGUAAUACAUGAAAGGAUUCACAUGAACAAGGGGGAGAAACCAUAUAAAUGUGCUGAAUGCAGUAAGGGAUUCACAACAGCUAGCAACCUUAGAACUCAUCUGUCAGUUCACAGUAGGGAGAAACCAUAUAAAUGUCCUGAAUGCAGUAAGUGUUUCAGACUAAGGAGGGCUCUACUAAUACAUGAAAGGAUUCACAUGCGCAAGGGGGAGAAACCAUAUAAAUGUGUUGAAUGCGGUAAGGGAUUCACAACAGCUGGUAGCCUUAGAACUCAUGUGUCAGUUCACAGUGGGGAGAAACCAUAGAAAUGUCCUGAAUGCAAUAAGUGUUUUAGACAAAGGUGGACUCUAGUAAUACAUGAAAGGACUCACAAGAGGGAGAGACCAUACAAAUGAUGUUCUUCGUGUUUCACUGUUGCAGUUAUUACAUCUGGGU